AUGCUAUCAACUGCCGUCAAAAUGAUCCCAAAAUGGCAAAAUCCUCGAGGGACUUUCACCUUACUUCUAUGGUCUCUUCUAUUGAUCACUUUUCCGCUUAUGAUAUGGAAGGCAUUGUGUGUCUUCACUGGCUCCUCACACCCUAUAAUGGUGGUCAUUUCGGAGUCUAUGGCACCAGCAUUCACUCGGGGUGACCUCAUUUUCUUAUGGAAUCGCCAAUCAUGGGUUCACGCUGGCGAAAUCCCUGUCUGCUGGUUUCCAGGAAAGCCACUCCCAAUGGUUCACCGGGCUAUCAAAUCUGUGUGGCUCGACGGCAAAGAACAAUUCACCUUGACUAAGGGAGAUAACAAUGAUGGCGAUGACGUACCACUUUAUCCCCCAGGCCAGCUGAUGGUAGGCCGCGAUGAAGUUGUUGGAGUAGUCAAAGGCUAUCUGCCAUAUUUAGGAUGGCUUUCGAUUGGGUUACAGGAAAAUCCCCUAGUCACAGGAUCAGUGAUCGGGGGUUUGUUAUUACUGGCAGCUGCUUAA